AUGGAGCGCGAUGGUUCCAACAACCGACGUCGUAACUACGGAGUUGCACCGAAUGCUUCCAGGUUGUCGCAUGAGGACGAAGGAUCCGUGAUGAGCUCUCACGGGGUGGGGCCAAACGCCGCACAGAUAGCAGCGAGACAGGUUUGGCCGAAGAAGCUUCCCACAUUUUCGGGUGAUCCGGAAGAAUGGCCGAUAUUCGUUCACAGCUUUGAGUCGGCCAAUGCAGCGUGUGGUUUUUCGGACGUAGAGAACGUCAUUCGUUUACGUGAGUGUUUGCGAGGUCCAGCACGAGAUGCCGUCGUCACGAAGCUCAUGUUUCCCGAGAGCGUCAGAGCGAUUAUGGACACCCUGCGGCGAUUGUACGGCAGACCGGAGAUUUUGGUGAAAAACCUUCUUGACAAGGUUCGUCGGGUGGAGGCACCAAAGCCUGAGAGACUGGAUUCGUUGAUCAAUUUCGGGCUGACGGUGCAGCAGCUAUGCGACCACUUGGCAGCCGCAAAACUGAAGGGUCAUCUGUCGAAUCCCACCUUGCUUGGGGAAUCAGUGGAAAAGUUGCCAGCCUCAAUUAAGAUGGAAUUGGCCAGGUUCAAAAGGGCGUAUAGUGAACCAACGCUUCAGCACUGCGGCAUGUUUAUGGAGGAGAUAGUUGACGACGCCAGUAAAGUUACGAUCGCCACUCAACAGAAAUCAUCCGGUGGGAGAGUCGACAAGGACAAACCGAAGGAAAGGGGACAUGUUUAUUCACAUGAAGACACGUCGGGAGUGCAGAACCACGUACCAGAGAGACAACCUUGCCCGAUCUGCGGAAAAACAGAUCAUCGUGUAAGAAACUGUGAACCAUUCCAGCAGUUAGGACUCGAAGCUCAUCUAAAGGCCGUCGAACGAUUCAAGUUGUAUGAAGUUUGCUUGUUCGAUCACGGGCAAUGGAAGUGUCGUUCGAGAAUCCGAUGUAACAUUGCCCAAUGCCGGGCUCGUCACCACCCACUACCUACUGCAUCGCCCAACGCAAAAACCACGUCAGCGUCAGCUCCGAGCUUCGGAGUGUAA